UUCAUAAUCUGCUCCAUGAGCUGCCCUGGCACCAAGAGCAGACUGACAGGCCUGCAGCUCCCCGGACCCUCCUUCUGCCCCUUCUUUUGGAUGGGCGUCACAUUUGCUAGCUGCCACUCAGCUGGGACCUCCCUAAAACAGCCCGCCCUGGGCUACUUCUUCCUCCAUUCCCUUCCUCAGUCCAUGUCCUGGCGGCCAUGCCAGGGGCCUGCAGAAAUGGGGGAGCCGAGGUGGGAGGCAGCAGAAUUAGGGAGCCUUUUGGAGCCCCUCUGGCCUGGCCUUCGGAGUGCGGAGCUUCGUUUUGGGGCCCAGAGUCCCACUGGGGAGUCGGAGCCCUCCUUGCGGCAACCAUGCACUGCUUAUCAAAAAUCUGUCUGGGAUGCAGUGUCAGCCUACAUCCGGGACCACCUCCAGCUGCGCCAGGGUGUCCAUAUUCCUGCCCUUGGCUCCUUUGAUGUUGUUACCAAAUGUGUCAAGGUUCGGAAUGAGACAAUAAUUUUCCCGAUGCAUGUGUUUUACCUGGCCAGGAACCUUAUAGUUUCUCACAACCUCACGGACAAUAAGGAAUACCUGCCAGGCCAUAAGGAGCUGGAGCCCCUCCAAUUCCCUGAGGUGGCUGCAGCUGCCUCCAUGUCCUGGAAGACGGUGGAGAGCUGCAUCCGAAGCACCACGUCCCUCAUCUCUCACAGCCUGGGGAAGGGGGAGAACAUCGCCCUCGUCCUGAGGGAUGUAGGGGUGCUCCUCAUCGAAGGCACAAAGGUGCAAAUGAAAUUCUAUUACGAAUUUCUGGAGAUGUUGGCUGGGAAGGAGAACCUUCACAAGGUGAUGUUUUAUUUUCCCCACGACCUGGGCAGCCUCACAAGGGGGCAGCAGCAAUGCUUGCCCUUGGCCCACCAAGACCUCUCGGGUUGGAGCUCUUGGCCAGCCUCUUGGCCAGCCUCUUGGCCAGCCUCUCAGCUGCUAAAACCGAGGCCCGAGUCUUUCUGGUCGCUGAUGAAAGAACCUCAGAAGAAAGUGCUGUCAGCACACAGCAAGAAGUGCCCCCAGCCGCUGCCAACCAUAUGUGAGGCGCCCAUGUCACUGCAGCCCCAUCCACCAAAGGGCAGACCAGGGAUCUCCAGGACGGAGAGGCCCUGGCCACACUGAUCAGGGCUGCCGUGCCCUGAGGAAGUCGUUCCUGAUCGUUCCUCUGCAGGUGGCAGGACAGGUAUGGAACUCAAAGAACCAUAGGAUCUUUUAGGUCCCAAUAAACGAUGUCUGGAAGUACCAGCUCUCCACGUUUUUUGAAUACGUUAAGGGAUGGUGACUCAACAACAUCCCCGGGCAGCUGUUCCAAUGCCCUACAAGGCUUUCAGUGAAGAAAUAUUUCCUAAUAUCCAACCUUCACCUCCCCUGGUGC